GCCAAAUAAAGCCAUGGGGGCUUGGGCUGGGACGGCCCGUUCCACGCUAUAAAUACGCUGGGCUUCUGCCGAUUCGGGUUUGGUGGCUGGACCUGCACCGCAGUAAGCGCACCGGCCCAGCUCAGGAGAAUCUCAUUCACACUCAGGCCUUCAAUCAUGCCACGGGUGGACGCGGACCUCAAACUGGACUUUAAAGAUGUCCUGUUCAGACCAAAGAGGAGCAGCCUCAAGAGCAGGUCAGAGGUUGACCUGCAGAGGACCUUCACAUUCCGCAACUCAAAGCAGACCUACAAUGGCAUCCCAAUCAUUGCAGCUAACAUGGACACCACAGGUACAUUUGAGAUGGCCCAGGUUCUGAGCAAGCACAUGCUCUUCACCGCCAUCCAAAAACACUACUCCCUGGAAGAGUGGAAGACGUUUGCUGCAGAACAUCCAGAAUGCUUAGAGCAUGUGGCGGCCAGCUCAGGCAGCGGCAAGGCCGAUCUGGAGAAACUCUGCAGCAUUCUGGAAGCCAUUCCACUCGUUAAGUACAUUUGCCUGGAUGUAGCCAAUGGAUAUUCAGAGCACUUUGUGGAGUUUGUUAGAACUGUUCGGGAGAAGUUCCCCAACCAUACCAUCAUGGCUGGAAAUGUGGUGACAGGAGAGAUGGUGGAGGAGCUCAUUUUGACUGGAGCUGACAUCAUCAAAGUGGGCAUCGGGCCAGGUUCUGUAUGCACCACCCGCAUCAAGACUGGAGUAGGUUAUCCUCAGCUGAGUGCUGUUAUUGAGUGCGCAGACUCGGCUCACGGACUAAAGGGACACAUCAUCUCUGAUGGAGGCUGCAGCUGUCCUGGAGAUGUUUCCAAAGCUUUUGGAGCAGGGGCAGAUUUUGUCAUGCUGGGAGGCAUGCUGGCCGGGCAUGACCAGUGUGCUGGUGAUGUCAUCGAGAAGGAUGGGAAAAAGUUCAAGAUGUUCUAUGGCAUGAGCUCGGACACAGCCAUGAAGAAAUAUGUCGGUGGUGUGGCAGAGUACAGGGCGUCUGAGGGCAGGACAGUGCAAGUGCCCUACAAGGGUGAUGUGGAGAACACCAUCAGAGAUGUCCUGGGCGGAGUGCGCUCCACCUGCACCUACGUAGGAGCAGCCAAGCUGAAGGAGCUCAGCCGCAGGACCACCUUCAUCAGAGUCACACAACAGUCCAGCCAGAUGUUCACCUAGACUCCUAGCCAGCAGUGCAUUCAGAUUACACACACCUUCUGUACUGUACACACACCCACCAGGGUACCAUGCAGACAGGCGAUCAGCCACACUCACCAACCCAACCAAUGUCUGUAGCAGUCAGUAAAGCACUGGAGCAGCAACUGAUACAUAAACGCCUUGAUCUCGGAAGAAGAAAAAGACAUACAGCCUACAGUACCUCACUGGGUCAGCCAGGGCGUCCUGAUUUCUGCAUGUUUUUAGAGUACAGGGAUCUUUCAUUGAGAAUAAACACACAAAACACACACACGCAAAUAAACACACACUACGACAAUGCCACAGAUUCAUUCAGUUUUCGCUCAGGACCCGUGCUGCACGCCGUUAUAUGUUUCCUUGUGAGAGCAGCCAAUUUACAGCAUGAUUCAGCCUGUUUUUAUUGUAAGCCUUUAAGCUCUCCAAGCAUGGUGUGUGUGUGUGUGUGAGAUGACAACGAAGACAAGGUACGAGAGAGGUUGAAUAGGGACUCAAAUAAGCCCUUAGGGAAUACCAUGCUUGAAGAAUCCAUUCAUUGAAACUAUGCAACAGCGUUCGCAAUGAAAAGAUAUGAGCCAUUGCCAGGUCUGAAGAUGAAUAAAGGCAUUGCUCAUCCUCCUUUUACAGCAGAGUUACAUGUUGACUGUGUGAAACCUUGCGACGGCUUCCGGGUGUGCUAGCACUUCACAUGUUUUGGUGUAUGAUGUAAGCUUUGACUUGAUUUAAGCAGAAACCGGUGCACAGCAUACUGUACUAGGUCUGCUGGCCUGCGUCCUACAUGAAUGUACACUGGGUGUGGCUGGAUGUAGCUGCAGACCAGGGGAAUGUAAAUGGCUGCACUGGCCAGUGAGUUCUUCAUGCAGGUUAUUUGUGCAGUUCAGAUCAGGAAAAACUCUGUAUGUCUGUGAAAUGUGACACUGUGACUGGAGGUAAUAAAGAUAUACUGGUGAUGA